GAAAAGUGUUUCCGUUUUGCGUUGUAAGUAAAAUUCGUACUGAUAUAUGACAGUUAUGUAGCAUUUUUAUAUAAAAAGAGACGAAUAUUGCUUAAUACAGUUGUGUUACCUGACUAGAUACUCAGGAGUUUGUAAUUAUAGUAUUAACUCAAGAGAAAAGGGCCACAUGAUAUAUGCCAAAACCCCGGUGAUUUUUACUGGAUAGACCACCCUUCCCUGUGGUGGGAUGGCCUAUCGUCGCCACAAACAUCAGAAAAGCAGAAGUAAAUACGAGAGUAACAGUAGCGACACGGAUUAUUAUUCUGAAACGGAGGACAGAAAGAAAACUUGUAUCAAAAGUACCAGCUGCCUAGGAACUCCCAAAUCUAAGCCUUGCUUAGUGAACAGAUCUAGAACACAUAGCUUAGAAACUGCCAGCAGUAAUGACGACGGAGACAUCCAUGUAAUGUCCGACAACGAGAGCAGUCACAGUAGGUGUGGUUUCCACACACGCAACAUGCUGUUUUGUGGGGGUGACCAGGAUUGUCUCGUGAAACCAAAGUGUAGCUUUGACCCGCGGGACAGCCUUGUAGCUGGUAUUGCCAAGGCCAAUGUCGGUUGCAACAGUCCUAGACUUGGAGAGAGGCUGACCUUGGUUGUAGAUGAGACUCGUUUUAUUGUAGACCAGGAUCUUUUCCGAGCACAUCCAAACACAAUGCUUGGCAGUAUGUGUACAGCAUGUAAAUUUGACAACAUAGAGAUAUUUGAAAAGACCAAGGAAGAAUGUUACAUAAUGUUUACUUCUUCCAUGGAAAAUAAUUUGAUACGUCCCAAUGAGAGAGGGGAGUAUGAGGUGGCUGAUGGGAUAUCUGCUUGUGUGUUCAGAGCUAUUCUGGAGUACUACAAAUCUGGCAUGAUUCGCUGCCCGCCCAGUGUGACGGUGAGAGAGCUGAGGGAGGCGUGUGACUAUCUCCUGAUUCCAUUCGAUGCCAACACUGUCAAAUGUCAAAAUCUGAGGGGUCUUCUCCAUGAGCUCUCCAAUGAGGGUGCUAGACAGCAGUUUGAUGCCCUUCUGGAAGAGUUACUGCUUCCCCAAAUGGUCCAGUGUGCCCAGAACGGAGACCGCGAGUGCCAUAUUGUGGUGUUGACUGAUGAGGAUAUUUUGGAUUGGGAUGAUGACUACCCUCCACAAACGCUGGGCGAGGAGUAUUCUCAGAUUGUGUACAGCACUCACUUAUAUAGAUUUUUCAAGUACAUCGAGAACAGAGAUGUCGCCAAGCAGGUGCUCAAGGAAAGGGGACUGAAGAAAAUCCGACUUGGAAUAGAAGGUUACCCAACCAACAAAGAGAAAGUCAGAAAGCGUCCAGGUGGCAGACCGGAAGUGAUAUACAAUUAUGUCCAAAGACCGUUCAUCCGCAUGUCGUGGGAGAAAGAGGAAGCCAAAAGUCGCCAUGUAGAUUUUCAAUGCGUGAAGAGCAAGUCAUUGUCCAACUUAUCCUCAGUUGGUGACACAGCCCCUCCUGACCAGGGCAUCGUUCAACAACAACAGGAUGGGAGCAUCCACGUCAUUCCUCCCCAGCCCUCCCCAUCAGAACCCUUCCCCCAGGUACAGCUUCCCCCUGAAGGAGAUGCUGACUGAGGUUGUGUGGUGGGAGGCGCGUGGUCGGUACUGUUUGUCAAUCAGAUCAAAAUUGUUUUCCAGGCAUGGCACUGCUAAUUCUCAGUGCACACAACUGUGACUGUGCAUGGUCUUAGUAAUUUGUUUUGCUUGCCUGGCAAUUUUUUCUGUGAUGCAAUAUGUACAAUUUUGUGAUUUGUUCAUUUACAGAAUUGAUUAUGCGUAAUUUAUUUCAAAAUCACAUCUGGAGUAAAUUGUUUGUUCUUUAGGGGCAAUACUGAAUAUAAAUGUAUGAUUAAUUAUGUAUUCCCUACAUGUCAUCUGAAAUGUGACAAUAAUAUGCUAUAAAUAAGUGUCAGAAGUUUGGAAAUUUGAAAGUUAUAAUUCUUGAAAAUGGUAUUGAUUAAUCUUAGAAUUGUGUUAUGCAGUAUUAUUCUUCAUUUUCAAAUAUUAAUGACUCUUCCAAAUAUUUUCAAAAUUAGAGCAAGAACUGAAAGAAAAAAAAAGAUAUUUGGAGAAUGCAAGAUAUUUUUUUGUCUCGGUGUAUAACCAAAUGAGUGCAAGCACGGACUAGUAGUUCUAAAGUUUGGUUUUUCUGGUUGUUGCUUACCAGGUAAUACUUGAAAUGAAUGUGAAUGCCAGACCAUGUUUGAAGUCAAUGAAUGGGUAUAUGUACAGGGUAUCGUGUACAGUGUAUCAUGUACAUUUCCUGUACCUGGGCAAAGUAGAAAUCCAUAUCUCAUUUACCUUAUGUAUAUGAAACAGUUUGGGCAGUUUUUCUUCCUGAAAUUGAAAUAGAUGGCAAGUUUUUACUUCUAAGCAAAAUUGAACUUGUGUUUUGACUAUUUUCUAUUGACUAAAUGACCAGGACAUUUGUCUAAAUUUGAAUAAACUUUGUGACUUGAAUUUCUGCAACUGUUACUCCAUAUUUCUCCAAUAACAUUGAAAUUUGCAUUAUAAUACUUUGCUUUUUAUGUAAUUUUUUUUUCUGACUUAAAUUUUUUGGUCAAACUUUCAAUAUAAACAUAGAAGGCAAUGUGCCAAGGUCAACUUUCCAAAUAGCCUCCAACAAACUUGACUAUAGUCGGGCAUAUGAUUUCACAAAUCUUGUGGAAAUGAUAACCUGAUUUGGUGACAUUUGGAUUCUGAAAAUAAACAUUGCUGCCUUUUAAAUGGAUCCAUGGAAUAAUUUUCAAAGUUUUUACUUAUGUAAGUAGGUUAUUGGAGAAAAUGUGGUUUGAAAAAGCUGACCAGUGAACUGUGAUAAAAUAUUUUUAUAUUUUCGUAUUAUUCAAUGUGCUUGUGUUCAUCCAAAUAUACAUGUAUGAUAUGGAUAAUGUUGUAUGCUGAUGCAAUGUACUGGGACAUGUAUAUGUUGUGCACAAAUGAUUAGCAUUCCUUGGUUUGUGUUAAAGUUUCAGUUGUGCAAAAGUGUGUACUGUGAAUUCCAUUGCAUUGCUGAAGUCUAGAAUAGCGACAACGAUUUACCAUAAACCAAAUUUUAUUUGCAACUGACUUUAAUUCAAGAUUUACCAAUGAUAAACUGGUUUGUGGCAAAUGAUUUUCAUGACUGAGAUGAUCUUAAAUAAAUACAAGGACUGGUUUACAACAAGUAUCCAUGAUGAUGAGGUUCUUGCGAAAAUUCCUCGAAUGCGACAAAAAGUUGGUUUAUAGUAUUGGCAUGCAAAAGUAGCAAGAUAUUGUUGAUACCAAAGAUGUAUUGAAUUGCUGUUGUGUGUGAAAAUGUGUACAAUAUACACUAAAUGUAGAUAUACAGGUUAAAAUUAUUCACUCACACCAUAAAUACAGAGGGUACAGAAUAACAAAUUUCGUCAAAUAAUUGUUACACAGUUUAGAGGUCAAAAUUGGGCAAGUGUAUAGAAUAGAUGAUGAAGUGAGAGAGAACAUAUACCCAAAAGAGGACCGUAAAUUUGUAUGCACGUGUAUAUUUAGCAAAUUCUCUGGGCAUUUCAUGAUAUUUGAUAAACAGGUAGAUUUGAAAAUGUUUGUGUAUCUCAAAAGCUGGUCUUGUGAAAAAUAUUGUUACAUGUGUGAAUUUUUAUACCUGAAAGCAUUACAUGUGCUAAUGCUACAUGUAGGAUCUUGUUAAGUUCAUUGAUUUUGUUCAAUAUUGUUGACAUGUAGCUAUUUUUGAAAUUUGACUAUUCCACCAGUGAAUUUGCAGAGAGAGUGUUAACAUUUUAUUGUGAUCAGCUGUAAUAAUUAAGAUUUAGGUCGUUUUCUGUAGAAUUUUUUAUAUUACACGCCAGGUGAACUUGUCUCACUGCUGCAUAUCUGAAAACCAAUUUCUCAAUAUUUUAUCCAUUCAAUAGCAAAUGGAAAUCUAAUUUUUUUUUUAGUUUUACAAUUUCAGAAUCAUCGAUACACAUCAUAUCAAAUAAAAGUUAUGAUUUAAUAUUAGCCCUUCUGAAAAGUACGAUUUGAACUAAAUUUCAUUAACUUUGACUUUGAUGACUAAUGCACAUGUAUGAGUACUUCGCAUAAGUGAAUCGCUUUUGCCCAUGGAAGUCUACAUCUAUGAUAAGAUAUUCAAAAGGCAUUCUUGAUCAUGCUUUAUUUGCAGGGAGAAAGAAGGGUUUUUUGGUUGGUUUUUUUUUACAAAUUAUUGCAUUUAUUCUGGGAAUGGUGUGUCUUUAACAUCAUGUAUAUUUAUGGUGAUCUUUUGGCAAAAUCUUAUAUUCAAUUAGAUGCAUAUUAUUCCUCAGAAUAGUAAUGAGUAUUUGAAAAACAAAGUUUCAUUUCGGGGCCAGAUCUGAUAAAAAACAGAUUCAUAUGAAAUAAUCUCAAAUAUGAGAAGUAUAUAGCCAUUUUUGGGGUGUGUUUGUCAUGUUUCUUUAGUAUGUAAACAAAAAUAUUACAUGUAGUAGCGAAAACAAUUGUGUUAUGUUUUUACAAAUACUGAAAUACAGAAAACGUGUUGAUAUGAUUGAUAAUACUGCCAAGUGGUAUUCAGUGAUUAGAAUCUUUUUGUUCAUUUUAUUUGGUAAUAUAGAUACUAUACACAUAUACAGGAUAUAUCUUUCAAUGAACUGAGAUACAUGUAUUUGAUUACACUUAAAUAUACAUGUACUGUAUUUACUACACAAUUUUAUUGUAUCCCAAAGAAGAAAUGGAACACUGCAUUUAUGAUCGACUGUUUGAUUUAUUAAUAAAAAUUUGAUUGAUUUAUUGGUCAACGAGAAGUUGAGCAUAGUUCAAAUAUGGGGUAAUAUUUAAACAGUGAUAUUAUAGAAUGUAGGAACACCAUUAACAAAACCUUCUUUUAGUUUACUGUAAAUAUGUGAUAAGAAUUUAGACAUCCCCUGUAAUGCAUUGUAUAUUGUAAUCGGGUUUAGGAUGUUGACCAAGGUUUCAGCCUUGGAGUUUGCUCUUAUUAUGUAUAUGUAGUCUUUUUCCUGGCCUACAUUUUAAUUAAAAAUUUACAAUUAUAAAAUCAAGCA